GCGACCCGGCUCGGCUGCGAACGCAGUACGUGCCCGUCGGUCCGAAAACGCGCACCAUCGCCGCAGCAACUUCCACUGGUCUCUGAAAACGGAAAGCGCGGAAAAGUGUGCGGCGCCACAAGUUGCAGGUGUCAGACUAUCCGUUCGCCGUGAUCAUACCGUCAGAACAGACGCCACUGCAAGCACCGUAGUAUAAUAAAAGUUACGGUAUACGUAUACCGUAUAAAUACCGUCGUGUGUGUUGUUUUGGUCACGGUCGUACAAUGACUUCCAGUGACGGAGGACUGCAAUCUUGUCAACGGCAGGACAAUCGCGGCGGCAAUAACGUUGGUCAAAAUCUGCCGAUAAUAAUGGCCACCGGCUGUCGGAUGCCGCGGUCGCCGUCAAGGGACAAGGACUUAACGUCGUGCGCCGCCUCUAGGACCGCCGCCGUCGCACAUCAACAGCCGCCCUACGCCACCACCGCCGUAGUUUUGAACCGCGUUACCAGUCCUUAUCCUGAUGCGUAUUUUAAAAGGAUUUCGCAGGACAUAUCUAAUUCGGUGUGGUUCGAGGAAGAGAACGAUUUGAUAAAAAGCUGCGGAGCAUUGCAGUCGGCGCUGGGCCUGUCCAAGAGCUUCAGCACCAGCGACAUAGCCGACGCGACCGGCAUGGACACAGAGUGUUGGCUGGCGGACAGCGACGACGUCCGCAUGCCGCGCAGCGUUUCCGAGGUGGCCAUCAACAAGUUGCGCAUCAACUCGGACGUGCUGCUAAUGGCCAACACUAUGCACGGCCGGUUGGGCAACACUUCGCGGUCGCUGUCCACGUGCGUGGUGGUCGGCGACAUGGCGUCCACGUCGCAGCUGCCGUCGCCGAGCCGGUACUCCAGCUCGCUGCACAACAGCUACGCACCGUCCGCGUUCAGUACCACCGACCUCGUGAGAUCCGUCAACAAAAAGGUGCGACAAAAUUACAUUCAACGGCGUCUAAUGAUCACUUACAAGACAUUGGAACGUUUAUCUCUAAGUGAAUUCAAUUUAGACAAGAGUUCCGGAACCGAUCGUGUACCAGAUCAAUUGCAGUUGUCCGGCCGCCAUGACGGGACUGCAGCCACCGCUGCCACGGGUUCAGGAAAAUAUUUGAGCGUACCAAGAACCGGUGGCAAAUCGCUGUGCCCAGACGACAUUGCCGUGUGCACUGACACCAUAAAGCGAUAUCAGCCAAAGGCGUUCACCCGAUACGAUAGGAACAUGUUCAUAGUCAACUGGCUGGAUAACAUCGAUCCGCAAAACACUGCCAUGGAAGAUCAAUAAGACAUUUACAUACACACUCGCACAUACACAUAAAAAAUAAUAUUGAUAUAUUAUAAUAAUGAUUGAAGGACUUGCUGCAAAAAUCAAACAAAUCAAA